UUCCAGGCUGUUCCCUUGAUCUUCCCCGAGCAUCUCACUCUGCUCCUUCCACUCCCCCUCGUUCAUCUGCAGCCAUGUCCAACUCUCCUCACGGCGGAAUCCUGAAGGACCUGGUCCUGCGCGAUGCUUCCAUCAGCCAAGCUCUGCUCCAGGAGGCCAAUGGCCUCUACUCCAUCGUCCUGAACGAGCGCCAGCUGUGCGAUCUCGAGCUGAUCAUGAACGGCGGCUUCUCGCCCCUGGAGGGCUUCCUGAACCAGGCCGACUACGAGAACGUCGUCACCAACCUGCGUCUCGCCAACGGUGUCCUCUGGAGUAUGCCCAUCACCCUGGAUAUCUCCUCCGCCCAGAUCGCCGCCGGCAAGCUCGCCAAGGGCGUGCGGGUCGCUCUCCGCGAUCCCCGUGAUGAUGCCUCGCUCGCCAUCCUGACGGUCGAAGACGUCUACCAGCCCAACAAGGUCCGCGAGGCCGAGCUCGUCUUUGGUGCGAACGAUCUGGCCCAUCCCGCCGUCGACUACCUGCACCGCGUGGCCAAGGAGUACUAUGUCGGCGGCUCGAUCCAGGCGAUCGCGGCCCCGGCUCACUACGACUAUGUCGAGAACCGAUACACCCCCAAUGAACUCCGUGCUCACUUCAAGAAGCUCAACUGGACUCGCGUCGUCGCCUUCCAGACCCGCAACCCUAUGCAUCGCGCUCACCGCGAGCUCACCGUCCGUGCCGCCCGUGCUCGCCAGUGCAACGUCCUGAUCCACCCUGUCGUCGGCCUGACCAAGCCUGGUGACAUUGAUCACUACACCCGUGUCCAGGUCUACAAGGCCAUUCUCCCCAAAUACCCCCAGGGCAUGGCAUCUCUCUCGCUGCUCCCGCUUGCCAUGCGCAUGGGUGGCCCUCGCGAGGCUCUGUGGCACGCCAUCAUCCGCAAGAACUAUGGCUGCUCCCACUUCAUCAUUGGCCGUGACCACGCCGGACCCGGCAAGAACAGCCAGGGCAAGGACUUUUACGGCCCCUACGAUGCCCAGCAUCUCGUUGAAAAGUACAAGUCGGAGCUCCAUAUCGAGGUCGUCGAGUUCCAGAUGGUCUCGUACGUUCCCGAAACCGACGAGUACUAUCCUGACAACGAGCUGCCCGCCGGUGCCAAGACCCUCAACAUCUCCGGCACCGAGCUCCGUCGCCGCCUGAAGACCGGCGCUCCUAUCCCGGACUGGUUCACCUACCCUGAGGUCCAGCGGAUCCUGCGCAGCGCUCACCCGCCCAGAAACAAGCAGGGCUUCACCGUCUUCCUGACUGGCUACUGGAACUCGGGUGCCACGGCCAUCGCCAACGCCCUCCACGUCUCACUCAACCAGGACGGCCAGCGCCCCACCACGUUGCUGCUCGGUGAGACCAUCCGCUCCGAGCUGUCGUCCGAGCUGGGCUUUACUCGCCGCGAGCGUGACAUCAACAUCCACCGCAUCGCCUUUGUCGCUUCCGAGAUUACAAAGUGCGGAGGCGCCGUCAUUGCCGCUCCCAUUGCGCCGUACGAGUCUGCCCGCGAGGAGGCCCGCAAGGCCAUCUCCAAGAACGGCGGCUUCUUCCUCGUGCACGUCGCCACUCCUCUGGAGACCUGCAUCGCCAGCGACCGCACUGGCACCUACGCCCGCGCCAAGAGUGGCCUGAUCAAGGGCUUCACCGGCAUCGAUGACCCCUAUGAGGCCCCCAGCAAGGCCGACCUUGUCGUCGAUCCCAGCACCAGCUCCAUCUCCCAGAUCGUCCACGAGGUCAUCCUCCUGCUCGAGAAGGAGAACUACAUUGGCGAGCGCUAAAGCGGCCCGGACCGGAGGAGGGACCUGUUGAUGCGGGAGACCUGGUGCUAUUGCCGUUGGCCACUGAUCCGCGAUGCAGCCCAACCCACCGAAUUUUUGAUCGUUUCGCAUCCGAGAACAGCACCGUUCUCAUGUAAAAUAUAACUAGUAUACUUUAUUCAAGG